GCCGACACGCGCAUUCCCCAUCCCCUCCUCAUCCCACUCCGCCGCGACAAACCCAUCAAAAUGCCGCCCAAGCAGCAGAAGCAGGGCCCCUCCAACAAGGUCAAGGAUGAUAAGACCUUCGGCAUGAAAAAUAAAAACAAGUCCGCCAAGGUCCAGAAGGAGGUGCAGCGCAUCCAGCAGCAGGCGGCCUCGGCAGGCAAGUCGCGUGCAGCGCAAGAGAAGGAGAAGGAGAAAGCGCUCCGCGAGAAGGAGAAGCUUGCAGAGGAGAAGCGGCGGAAAGAGGAGGCCGCGCUGCUCAAGCCGGUGCAGACGCAGAAGGUGCCCUUCGGCGUCGAUCCGAAGACGGUGCUCUGCGCGUUCUACAAGGCCGGCCACUGCGAGAAGGGGAACAAGUGCAAGUUCAGCCACAACAAGGACGUCGAGCGGAAGGUGGAGAAGAAGAACUUGUACGAGGAUACCCGCGGGAAAGAGGAGGACACGAUGGACAAGUGGGACGACGACAAGCUGCGGCAAGUCGUCUUGUCCAAGACAGGAAACCCACGAACAACAACAGACAUCGUAUGCAAAUACUUCAUUGAAGCGAUCGAGUCGUCGAAAUAUGGCUGGUUUUGGGAGUGCCCGAACGGCGAGAACUGCAAAUACCGACAUGCCCUACCUCCCGGCUUCGUUCUCAAGUCGCAGAAGAAAGCCGCUGACGAGGCAGCGAAGGCGAACACCAUCAGUAUCGAGGAGUUCUUGGAAGUGGAGCGGCAUAAACUCGGCCCCAACCUCACGCCUGUAACACCGGAGACGUUCGCGCAGUGGAAGAAGACGCGGUUAAGCAAGAAGGAGGCGGAAGAGGAAGCUCGUCGGAAGGCGAAGGACGCUCAGCAUGCAGCUGGCAAGAACACUGGCCUUAGUGGUAGGGAUCUGUUCCAAUACAACCCCGAAUGGUUCGACGAUGCGGACUCGGACGACGACGAUGACGAUUGGGACUUGGAGAAGUACAGGCGAGAGAAGGAAGAAGAAGAUCGUGUGGCGGAGGAGGCACGCAUCGCGGAGCUCAACUUGGGAGGUUGAAGGCGCGCUGCCUGCAAGCCCAAACACCCUGUACUUACCAUCUUCGUCCUUCAGAGGGUACAUAACCCUGCGAGGCGACUACACUAUCGUUUGCAAUGUAUUGUUACGUCGAUUACGAACUCCGUCGAAAGCUGCGAAGUAGCCACAGGUGACUUCGAGGCAAGAGGCC